GGAUUCUUUAAAAAUAACAUUUUCAAGUGUUAACCAAGAUAUAACAACUGUUUCACAAUACCACCACACCACCAAGACAUAAAAGUAGCCACAAAAACGAAGAGCAGCAAAAUUGCAGUUCUCUCUUUAUGUCUGGCACAUGGACACUCUUUUAGUCAGCAUUAUGACAAAGUUCAUUGUUGUUGUGUUCCUGUUACUCCACACAUCGGCUUCCUCUUCGUCCUCCUCUUCCUCUUCUCCUGGAGCAGCAGGCAUGUUGAAACAACUGUUUCAAUACAUAGAUGACCACCAAAAUCAGUUUGUUCAGAGGCUGAGGGAGUGGGUUGCUGUUCAGAGUGACUCAGGAGAUCACACAAAAUGGGGAGAAGUUGAAAGGAUCCUGAACAUGACAGCAGUGAGGAUCCAAGAGAUGGGAGGCACAGUGGACUUUGCAGAUGUAGGCACACAUCAGCUGCCCAGUGGGGAGACAGUGUCACUUCCACCGGUGAUACUGGCUGAGUUUGAGAGGGACCCAAAGAAAGCUACUCUCUGUAUCUACGGCCAUGUGGAUGUCCAGCCAGCCAAGAUGGCGGAUGGCUGGACCACUGACCCCUUCAAUCUAACAGAAAUCAAAGGUAACCUGUAUGGGCGAGGGGCCACGGACAACAAAGGGCCGGUCCUGGCCUGGCUUCAUGCUGUUGAGUCCUACCAGGCCACAGAGAAGGAGAUACCAGUGAAUAUAAAACUCAUCAUUGAGGGUCUGGAGGAGGUGGGCUCAUACGGUCUGUUGGAGUUGACCAGGAAGAUAAACAACAGCUUAUUUGCAGAUGUGGACUUCAUAGUGAUCUCUGACAACGUGUGGGCAACCAGAAACCCAGCCCUGACCUAUGGAACCAGAGGGAGCAGCUAUUUCUUUGUGGAGGUUGAUGGCCCUAAACUGGACUUCCAUUCUGGAGUGUAUGGGGGUUCUAUCCAGGAGCCCAUGUCAGAUCUGAUAGCCUUACUGGGAAGUCUGUUGGACCACACAGGUAAGAUCCUGGUUCCUGGGGUCACUGAUGAUGUCGCUCCCCUCACUGAGGAUGAGAGGAAUCUCUAUGACAACAUCAGCUUUGACCUGGAGGAGAUGAAGAGUGUGGCUGGGAUCAAACACUUCCUACAGGACACUAAGGAGGAAGUCCUCAUGGCUCGAUGGCGUAACCCAUCCUUGUCCAUCCACGGGAUCCAGGGGGCCUUCUCAGAACCAGGCACCAAAACUGUCAUCCCCAAACAGGUCACAGGGAAGUUCUCCAUCCGACAGGUCCCCAACAUGGACCCUCCAGAUGUGGAGAGGAAGGUGAAGGAGCACCUUCAGCAGGUCUUCUCCACUCUAAAAAGCCCUAACAGGCUGAGGGUGACCGCAACUGUUGGGGCUAAACCAUGGGUGGCUAACCUGAAGGACCCACAGUACGUUGCCGGACAAAGGGCAGUCAGAGAGGUGUUUGGAGUGGAACCGGAGCUGAUCCGUGAGGGCUCCACCAUCCCCAUCGCUCAGAACUUCCAAGAGGAGACAGGCAAGAGUUUGAUGAUGCUGCCUAUAGGAGGCCAUGAUGAUGGAGAGCACUCUCAGAACGAGAAGAUCAGCAGGUACAACUACAUUGAGGGGACGAAGCUGUUUGCUGCUUAUAUGUAUGAGCUUUCACUAGUAAAGUAGGUGCAGGAUAUAUUUCCAUCCAAGCUGUGACCAUGAUAAAUAUGCUGUAGGUGACAGCAUUGUGCUAAUUGAGUGCCCGGGUUUACAUCAAUAAUGUCUGAUUCCAUGCUAAAAACUCCACUCUCCCAGGGUGUCUCAGGGGGAGUGGGAUAUGCAAACAACACAUGUCCAUUUCACUACACAAUGGAUAGGUUACACACUUGUACAUGUGUGUAACAGGAAAAAUAUAACCACCCCUAUUCGACCUUUGAACAGGUAUUAUUACAUAGCCUGAAUGAGGGUUAUUGCAUAAGUACAACCUUUUAGCCCCCUCUAGAAUACCUAUUUCUACUAUUUGUAUUUUUUGCAUGUAUUCUACUGUAUUCUACUGUGGAUGAACUAAUAAAGGGGGCAAAUGGUGGUA